AUGACUUCCUACGAGAAGAGCGGCUAUGAUGUCGAAUAUCAACCCACCGAAAAACACAGGUCUACCAUCGCCCCAGACCAGUCAGGCGCCGUCCAUGGACAAUCCUUUGUGGCGGGCGACAGCCUUUACCACCGACUCCAGCGACUCGCUGGUCGAUAUGGCGUGGAACAGAGAGGAAUUGAACGUGUUCCUGAAGAUGAACGGACGGACAAGAGUACCGUGAAAGUUGGCACGAUGUGGCUUGCAGCCAACAUGGUGAUCUCGUCUCUCGCCAUUGGAGUGCUGGCCGUGCCAGUCUUUUCCAUGGGCUUCAUCGAUGGUGUUCUUACGAUUUUCUUCAUCAACCUUCUCGGCAUCUUACCGGUGUGUUUCUUCUCGACCUUCGGACCGCGAUUCGGCAUGCGACAAAUGAUCCUCAGCCGCUUUUGGUUUGGAUACUGGGGAGUAAAGCUGAUCGCCAUCUUCAACUGUUUGGCCUGUCUGGGCUGGUCGUCCGUCAAUGUGAUUGUGGGGGCCCAGCUUCUGCACGCCGUCAACUCCGACGUGCCUGGCUAUGCGGGCAUCAUCAUCAUCGCGGCCUGUACAUUCCUGGUCACGCUGUUCGGCUACAAGGUGGUGCACAUGUACGAGAUGAUCAGCUGGGUGCCGUGCUUCAUCAUCUUCCUGAUCGUGCUGGGCGAGUUCGCGCAUUCCGGCUCGUUCGAGAACCUCCCGAUGCCCAGCGGCGAGGGCGAGACGGCGUCGGUCCUCUCCUUCGCCGCCUCGGUCUAUGGGUUCGCCACCGGCUGGGCAUCCUACGCCUCCGACUACACGUGCUACCAGCCCGUAACGACGAGCCGGGUCAAGGUAUUCUUCUAUGUCUUCGCCGGCCUCCUCUUCCCCCUCUGCUUCACCGAGAUGCUGGGACUAGCCAUUGCCACCGCGACCAUCAACGACCCCGCGUACGCCGACGCCUACGCGAAAGACGCCGUGGGCGGUCUCCUGCACCAAGUCCUCGUGCCUCCCUUGGGCGGCUUCGGCAAAUUCUGUCUGGUCAUCCUGGCCCUGUCGAUCGUCGGCAACAACUGCCCCAACAUCUACAGCCUGACCUUCUCGCUCCAGAUCCUCACGCAUUACGCGCAGAAGGUGCCGCGCUUCUUGUGGACCCUCGCCGGCACCGUCAUCUACUGCGCCAUCGCGAUCCCCGGCUACAGCCACUUCGAGGACGUGCUCGAGAACUUCAUGCUGGUCAUCGGCUACUGGCUCGCCGUCUACGAGGGCAUUGCCCUGCCCGAACAUUUCAUCUUCAAGCGCGGCUUCGCCGGCUACGUCCCCGAACACUACGACCAGCCCAAGUACCUGCCGCCGUCCAUCGCCGCGCUCGGCGCCUUCUGUUUCGGCGUGCUCGGUGCCGUUAUGGGAAUGGCCCAGGUCUGGUUCAUCGGGCCCAUUGGGAAGCUGAUCGGCAUUGGCUACGGCGGUGAUAUUGGCUUUGAGCUGGCCUUCAGCUUCGCCUUUGUUACCUAUGUCUGUUUCAGGUCGAUUGAGAUCCGCUAUUUCCAUCGAUGA